AUGGGUGAUAGUUACGUGGCUAGAGACCGUGAUCGGGAUUAUUACGAUCGAUCUCGAGAUUCGAGGGACAGAUCACGGCCUCAAAGCGGUCUGACAUACUUGGAAAAACGCAAGGUCGAUAGAGAACGAAUGUUCUAUUCAGUAUGGCCUUCGUCGCCCGAGCCAGCUACAGAAUCUGAGACGGAUGGCGAAUCGUCUCCCAGCACUCCUUCCCACAAUUCGAAAAAGAAAUCCAAACAUGAACACAAAAGCGAAAGGAAACACAGGAAAUCUAGUCAUCGUCACAGAUCACACAGGAAACAUCGACGAAAAGCUGAUUCCUCUUCCGGCGGAUCCGAAACGGAGGACGAAAAGGAGAGGCGUAAGAAGAGAAGGGAAAGAGUGAGAGAGAAAGAUCAUGGUGGAGAAGACAGAUCGCAGGCAACGGCAAAUGAUGUGAAAGAAAUAGACGAAGAAGACUUGGAAAAUUUGGAAAAUUUUUGGGUUGAGAAGAAAGUUGACCUUCCAGAAGAUCUUCAAGUCGGGCCAGUACCGAUUCCUGCACAAGAAACGAAACUUGGUGAAAGAGCUUACGGAGGAGCUCUUCUUGCAGGUGAAGGUUCAGCCAUGGCUGCUUAUGUCCAGGAAGGAAAACGUAUUCCACGUCGUGGUGAAAUCGGUCUGACUAGUAAUGAGAUAUCGUCGUUUGAGUCUGUUGGCUAUGUAAUGAGCGGGAGCAGGCAUCGACGAAUGAACGCUGUACGUAUACGUAAAGAAAACCAAGUUAUUUCGGCAGAAGAGAAGAGAGCGCUUAUGCUGUUCAACCAAGAGGAAAAGGCAAAGAAAGAAAACAAGAUUAUAUCAGAUUUCAGAGAAGUGGUUGCAGACAAAAUGCGAGGCAAGACCACACAAUGA